ACGUUUAAUCAAUGAGAACGAUAGUACUAUAAAUUCUUGAUAUAAUGAAAGUGUUCAUUGAUUUCACGGGUACUAUUGACAAUGAGUAUGAAUAUAAUGAAAAGCAGCGACAUCUAGGCUGUGCGUUAUCAGAAACUACAUUAUACUACCAACUAGUAAUACGACGCACUGCUUUGACAUAUUCUAUGCAUACUAGAAACUACAUGCGACUGCUUGUAGUACAAUAGAACAUAUAGCCGCAUGUGUGUCGAUAACAAUUCCCCUGGGAAUUAAUUAGUUCUAUCGUUGUAUCUGCGUAAUAGAGAUAAUUCUAAGAGCAAAAUGUUGGAACCGACUAAGCAAGCCUUAACAGCGGGCAGAUUAAUUUUGGCCAGUGGAUCACCAAGAAGAUAUGAAAUAAUACAAAAAUUGGGCUUAAAUUUUGAAGUAGUAAUAUCAAAUUAUGAUGAAAAUUUAGACAGAUCCAAAUAUAAAAGUCAUGGAGAAUACAUUCAAGAUUUAGCAAAAUUCAAAGUUCAUGAUGUAUAUGAACGUUUGAAAAAUGAUCCUGUUAUACCAUCUUUAAUCAUAGGUGCAGAUACUUUUGUAACACUAGAUGAUACUAUUUAUGGAAAGCCAAAAGAUGAAACAGAUGCAUUUCGUAUGUUAUCUCACUUUGUGAAUAAAGAGCAUGUUGUUUAUACCGGAGUGUGUCUGAAAACGCCAAAGAGAGAAGUAAAAUUUUAUACAUCUACAAAAGUAAAAUUUGGUGAUUUAUCGGUUGAUCAAAUAAAAGCGUAUAUAAAAACAGGAGAAUGUCUAGAUAAAGCAGGAGGAUAUGGUGUGCAAGGUGCUGGUGGUUGUUUAAUUGAGAGCAUAAGUGGUGACUUUUAUACUAUAAUGGGUUUUACUUAUAUUUCUGAUGAAAACUCUAACGUGAUUGGUUUAGAAUUUUAACAUGGCCGAUUUUAACCAAUGGAAAUAAGUGCACGUACGUCAGAGUAACGCGAUUGCUCCAUGAAACUUGACAUCGAAGAA